CGUCACAUUGAAUUAUGCAAGGGCGUUCUGAUCGUGUUGACCAUGGCAGGACGUACCUUAGGCCCUCGUUUUUCGGAAGAGACUUGGCUCGUCCUCUUGAAAGUCGUCUUGGGCAUAACGGACUGUCUGUUGCGUGAGCCUGUUGCAUCAAUAUCAUCAGAUGUUACCACUGAGAAAAAGACGGCCACAACAAUGGCAGAUGAAUUGUGCGAACAUCUGUUAAGGGUCCUCUUUGAAUUAUGGUUAAGAUCGAAGAUUCGUAAGGUGGAAAUGUGGGAUAUUUUUAAAAAAUGUUUCAAUCAAUGGGCUCACCGUCAACAAGCUUUGCAGCAGUGGAACGCCACGACAUUGGCGUUAACUCAACGUGUCGUCAGAUUGCUGUACGGUCCAAAAGAAGGAGAAGAGAUGAUAAACAUAUCAGUGAGUGGAUACAAUGUUGGUCUAGAUUUGCCGAACGAUUUUGUAUAUUUUGCAUGGCACAGGAUGAUUUACCUAAUCGAUAACCCGUGUUUGCUACCACCUGUAAACUUUUCAUUGGCAAUCUUGGGAAUCGGUAGGGUCAUUGAUGCGUUUCAAGCUAUCGGACAAUCGAAUCUUCAGAGAUCUGCACAAAAGGAUAUCGAAAAUUCAUUUGCCAUAAUACCCGAUGGAAAUACGAUAUUACAUAUGUUUGGACCGUGGUUAUUUCAGGCGUGCACGAUAAAUCUUAAUGAUUCCGGUUAUCAAAUUGGUCGAGCGGAAUCUUUUGGAAUUUUAUGUAGAAUAUUUUGUUUACCCCAAAAGCGUGAAAAGUUUUCGAGGGAUUAUAUCACGCAAUUUUAUUUUGCUCUUACCGAAGGGCUGCGAACCGACAGUUGCUUGCCAAUCAUUUUGAUGAAUACCUGCAAUCUUUUCGCCACGGACUUGGAGGGAGUACGAAUGAUGGUACCUGAUUUUGUGGUGGGCAUAAAGAUGGUUCUACCAAAAUUGGCACCAGGUUUUAAAACGGAUCUUCCUCUUGACGAGUUGAGACUGGCUGCAAUUAGAGUGGCGAGUACCAUCAUGUGUUUACCGAAUCACUUCGAGAAGGUGUCAUUAAGAGAAAACUGGAAUAUAGGGUUGCUUCAAGACGGUGAAAAAGUCGCUAACAAUGAUCCCGACGAAAUUGUUGAUGAGCUAAUACGUGUUUUGUAUUCUGAAGAGGAUCCCCGAGAAAAUUUGCCCAACAGAAAUUCAACCGAACCAUUUACAGCUUUGAAAUUCUACAUAUUGGAGCUUCUGCUGAAAUCACUGAAAACGGAAAAGUCACCUUACAAUCUUCGAUACUUGCUUCACCUAAUUAAUGUUUAUGUGGUCGAAGACGUAGCUUUUUGCCCAGGAUUAGUGGGACUUGUGGUAAAGUCGAUCCAAGAAAAGGUUUUGACUAUGAAUCUAUCUCCUGAUGUGACCUUAUGUGCGUUUGACGUUCUAAAAGAUUUUGUAGGAUUAUAUGAUUAUGUUCAACGAGAUAGUAAGAACUGCGCUAGGGAAUUAGUCUUGGUGCUUUCACGGUAUAUUGAUACCAUGCUUUCUAGUGGAUUGGCUGCAAAUUAUCAUUUGGUCGAGAGAGCAUACGAUUGCAUGAUGCGAUGGAUUCUCAUUGGACAAUGGAUUGUCGGUGACCGCGACUGUCACGAAGCUGUGAUCUCAACAAUCAGUAAGGGAAUUUCGGUAAUUCCAAUUAAUGAUGAUGAUACACCAAAUUCGUCAAAUGAUAAGAAGAAGAGCAAAAAAGAUCAAGUUCCCGCUAAACUCUUUCCGCGGAGUAGCAAGACUUUAUCAUCGAGUGGUGAAAACCUGACACACCUUGGAGGAGGUCCAAGUCGCAAAAGAGGAGAAUAUGCGGUCAAGAUUGCUGCCGAAAUCGCCAUGGCCCAAUUUGUUAAUCAUUUGGGGAAUUUUCCUACAUGGAACGACCCCAUUGGUCCGAGUAGGAUCUCGACCUUAUUUAAUGACGAUUUGGAACUGGCAAAGGCACAAGUCGCAGAACACAGCGAGUUAGUUGGAACAUCCGCAUCCGGCCGAGUUCGGUAUUUUCUGAUUGAUGGAAGAGUUGUGAUGGGUUUUGUGGAAAAUCCAAAGCAUCUUAAACGGACAAUGAGCCACGAUCCAAGUAUCGAAACUUCUAAUAAGACUGACGCACCAGUUGCAACAGGAACCUCUGAAGUUUAUAUGCAUCAUUUUCAUUUUCCUGAAGAAAAUGGCGAUAAUUUAUCGGUAAUUGUUGUUCUUCGAGAUAGUACAGGGAAAUACACAUGGAUUUCACAAAUGUGUUACAAAUCUUCACUCGAAGACAACCUUAA